AUGGCCUCCAACGUCCAGGGUUCGGUUUUCUUGAAGUCUGUAGAUUCCGAGGGCAGGACAAAGACGGGAGAGUGGAUUUGGGUCGAGCUGAAAAAAGUGAUUCAAGAAGUUGGCGAAGAAAACGUUGUUCAGGUGAUCACUGACAAUGCAUCAAAUUGUGUGCAAAUGGGAGAACUCAUGACAACUGAGUAUCCUCACAUUCUCCACAGCCGGUGUGUGUGCCACGUCUUGGACCUUCUCUUCGAAGACAUCGGGAGCUUGUCAUGGGUAAAACCAUUGGUGAAAGGCUGCAACGAGGUGGUAACUUUUAUCACCAAAAAACCUCGUGUUCUGGCUUUGUUUCGGAAGCUGAGCAAUCGGGAUCUCAUCAAGCCGUGGCGGCGAUUGGACGUCACAAAGACCGCCAAAGCCCAGCGCAUUCGAACUCGGAUCUUAGAAGAGACUCCGAACUCUUUCUGGACUAGGUGCCAGCACUUGUUGGUGCUGCUUGGACCGCUCCUCAAGGUCUUGAAGCUUGCGGACUGGGAAGGGGCAACUUUGGGUCUCAUUUUCGAGGCUAUGGACCGGAUGAAUGAGAAGCUUUCAGAGGCUGUUGAGACUGGGAUUUUAGUCGAGGAAGAGGUCGAGGAGAUCAACAGGUUCAUGAUGGAGGAUCAUGGUGAGGGAGGUCGGAAAGCAGCUUGUUGGUUCCAGAUGCAUUCGAUCUUGCAUGGAGCUGCUUUUGAUUUGAACCCAGCUUUUCUUCAUCUCCCUCUCGACCAGGAGGCUCAGGAAGAUUUUGUGGAGUACCUAGAGUUGUAUUGCAAAGGAGAUCGAGGACUUCAACACAAGCUGCUGCACGAGUUUCAAAGUUUCCAUCAACAACUUGGCCGUUUGUUCUCUUCGGAGGCAACAAAGCAGACGAAGAGGAGGUCUCGACUACUCUUCAAAAACUUGGAGAAGCUGGUUUUUGUGCACACAAAUAUGUGUGUCAUACAGAAGAUCAAGUCCAGGAGUUUGAGGCUUAUCGAGCAUGAUCUUGAUAACCUUGAGCUUGAACCUCAGUGGCAAAGGAUCCUUGCACUUCAGGAGGUUGUUGAAGAACCUCUUCAACAACCUGAUGACGAUGGCGCUAGUGGUGAUGAUGUUCUAGAUUCGGAGGAUGAAGAUUAG